UCGCCCCCGGGGGGUGCCUGGCGCGCCUGGCCGCCCCGGAGCCGAAGCCCCUCGCCGCGGGCAACCUGAGCAGGCUGGGGGCCGGGAGCAGCGACGGGCAGCUGUCUGGAUGCAGCCGGGCCCGCCGCCGGGAUCAUGCGGUGCUGGAGAAGUGCAUCCCGUGCACCCUCCGCGGCAAGCAGGCGCCGAAGUUGUGGAUGCAAGAGACCGCCGACGGCUUCGGCUCCCGGAUGCACAAUAUCGUCGCGUUGAUGGCGUUCGCGGCUAAGCAUCAGAUGAACUUCGGCGGCAUCGUGGGGUACAAAGCGUGCAACGAGAAACACUUCGACAACACCCACGGAGAGGACAUUGAGAGAUUGGUGGCGGGAGUCCUCGGGCUCGACGACCCCUACGACUUGUUCACCGACCUCGAGCCGUUUCCCGCCCGCAGGGUCGAAG